AUGUCAUCUGCCGAUCCUGAUCAGAGCCUUUCCCCUGCCGAGCUGGCCGAGCGCGAUCGCCAAGAAAAGGAGCGCCAAGCUCUUGAGGCUGCUGAGCAGGCUCAGCUUCCUUACCAAUGGACCCAGACCAUCCGUGAUCUCGACGUCACGGCGCCAAUUCCUGCCAACAUUAAGGGCCGGGAUAUGGAAGUGGUUUUGACCAAGUCAAAGAUCCGUGUUGCCAUUAAAGGCCAAGACCCUAUUAUUGAGGGUGACUUCCCCCAUAACAUCCUCGUCGACGAAUCAUCCUGGACCCUUGAAACAACAUCUAAGCCCCCCGGCAAGGAAGUCAGCAUCCACCUUGACAAGGUAAACAAGGUGGAGUGGUGGCCCCAUGUCGUCAAGGGUGCACCCAAGAUUGAUGUCACCAAGAUCACACCCGAGAACUCCAGUCUGAGUGACCUCGAUGGUGAGACUCGCGCCAUGGUUGAAAAGAUGAUGUAUGAUCAGCGCCAGAAGGAGGCGGGUGGCCUGACCAGUGACGAGCAGAAGAAGAAGGAGCUUUUGGAGAAAUUCAAGGCCGAUCAUCCGGAGAUGGAUUUCUCUAAUGCUCAGAUCAGUUGA